AUGGAAAGGGAUGUUGGACGUAAAACUGAGAUUAAGGAUGAGGAUGAUGGGCAGAAUCAGGAGGAGGGCGAUUAUAAAGAAGAGGAAAGUUAUGAGGAUAAAAAGGAAGAGAACAAGGAUAAGUUUCCUUCCCUUCAAUGGGAAAUGCAUACAGAGAGCUCUGUAUGUGCUGACGGCUCUGUAUGUGCUGACGGCUCUGUAUGUGCUGAGGGCUCUGUAUGUGCUGAGGGCUCUGUAUGUGCUGAGGGCUCUGUAUGUGCUGAGGGCUCUGUAUGUGCUGACGGCUCUGUAUGUGCUGAGGGCUCUGUAUGUGCUGAGGGCUCUGUAUGUGCUGAGGGCUCUGUAUGUGCUGAGGGCUCUGUAUGUGCUGAGGGCUCUGUAUGUGCUGAGGGCUCUGUAUGUGCUGAGGGCUCUGUAUGUGCUGAGGGCUCUGUAUGUGCUGAGGGCUCUGUAUGUGCUGAGGGCUCUGUAUGUGCUGAGGGCUCUGUAUGGGCUGAGGGCUCUGUAUGUGCUGAGGGCUCUGUAUGUGCUGAGGGCUCUGUAUGGGCUGAGGGCUCUGUAUGGGCUGAGGGCUCUGUAUGGGCUGUGGGCUCUGUAUGUGCUGAGGGCUCUGUAUGUGCUGGCCGGUAUCUUUCUGUCAAGUUAUUUAGCCUGGUGAUUAGUGUUAAAUAG